GGCACCCAUUCGUCUCCAUUCAGAUUUGUUUUGUUAGUUCAACCACAAUACACGAGAUUCCUUCCAUUAAAUAAAUACAUAUUAACCAUGGACCAACGAAGUGUUAUUGUUAUGGCUGUUUUUCUCUUCACAUUCAUUGUAUCGAGUAGCUUCGGACAGUUAACCUUUACACCACAAUGGGGAAAACGAUCAUCCGGCAGUUCGUCCUUGAAUUCUGAUUUCUCUAAUCAAUCCGAUAUGUGCAAAACAUCGAUGGAUUCAGUGAUGUUCAUUUACAAACUGAUUCAGGCCGAGGCACAAAAGUAUUUGGAAUGCAAUCAAAAAUAAACCAUUUUGUGGAACUGUCACGCCGCAGAACUGGUGCUCUCAAUAACGUGUGUAAUGGACAUUGUAUUAUGGAAAAAAUUAACCGGAUAGAUAGUGUUGAUGAUAUUUUACUGUAGAAAUAAUUUCAUUUAAAACAAAAAUAUGUACUGGCAUAAGUUAUGGACACAAAUAAAGGAAACUUUUACUUUAA